AUGAUCGCCUCCGCACCGCCCCAAGUGCCCGUCCGCGCCUCUCUCAUUGGGCACUGCCGGGGCUGGCCCGCCCCCUUUCCUCCCGCGCCCCCCCAGCCCCAGAUCCUGGGGCUGGAAGAGGCGCAGCGGAGGCGAGGAGCAGCCUGGGCCCCACAGCGGCCGCCGCCUCCGCCUCCCCCCGCACCUCCCCUCCCCCCCCUCCCGGGGCUCUGGGCGCGGAGAGGAGCGGGGCGGCGGCGCCAGACCGCGGGGACGGGCUGGCGGCGGCCCGGGGGACACCGGGGUCGGGGAGGGAGAGGGCCCCGCAAAGGGCGCAGCCCCAGCAGGGCGAUGCUGCGGGGAGCCGUAAAUGGGGCCUCGCCGUCCCCGGCCGUGGCGGCGAGAGCCUCCUCCUCUUCCUCUGCCUGCUCCCUCGAGGGGCGCGGGGAUCCGGGACGGGGAGCGGCUCCGCGCCCUCUCAGCCCCAGCGCCACGGGAGAGAAGAGCCGGUCCCUCCGCGCCCCGCCCCGCCCCGUUCCGUUCCCGCAGCCGAGCUCCCGGGCGCGCCCAGGUGCCCCGCGGGUGCGGGAGAGCCGUGGCGGACCCGCUCCGCGGGGGCGGGAGGGGCUGUCCCGCUGUGGUGGCGGCGCAGCGCUAUCCCGGGCCGCCCCUCUGCGCGCUCAUAAACAAGCGGCGGUGCCGCCGCUCGCCCGCCGCUCUCGGCACCAAAAGCCGACCCCGGGCCGCCUGGUACUCUUCGGCGGCACACGGGCAAAAGGCGCCCGCGGCUACCGGCCGGUCUUCCCUACCGAGCGGCUGCCGUCACCGCCCAGAGCCGGCCGGGCAGCCGCGGCCCUGCCGCCGCCCGGUCCGCUGGGGCUGCGCGGGCCAAGGACGGCCCGGAGCGGCGGCGGGAGGUGCGGCGGCGCUGUGGCGGCGGCGUGGCCCUGCAAGGCCGGCAGGCGGCAGCGCUCGGAGCGGCGCUCGCUCCGGGGGAGUGCGGCUGGCCGGAGGUGCCUGCCCCGAGCCGGGGCGAGGGGGCGGCGGGAGGGAAACCGAGAGGAACGGUGUUGCCGGAGGUCAAAAUGA